AUGCGUGGCAAGGAGCAACUACUCUACCUUGGACAGCCGUUUGUUUUUGAGAAACUGGUGAUGACCCAGAACUCCACCCCGAAGAAAAUUUGGCGCUGUAAUCAGUGGUGGAAUCAGAAGUGUCGUGCCCGAGUGUAUACUAUUGGAAACGUGAUAACACCUCUGAAUCGCUACCACACCCACUCCGACAUAAUCAAACGGAAGCGGCGAGUUACGAAGAAAAAAGCGACCAUAGUGAUCACAACCGGUCCCCCUAGCAGUCAAACCAAUAAGUCGGCUCAAGAACAAUACACCGAGUUUGUGGUCGAUUGCAUACCGGAGGGUUCUGAAAGUGACGAACAGAAAAAAGAGGAUACGACCGAUUACUAA